AUGUUAUUGUUUGAAUAAAAAUCGUAAAGAAAUAGUAAUGAAUAGUAAUCAUUAAGAAGAUUGCAAAAUGAUAUGUAAGAUGAAAAAUUAAAAUAAUUGAAUGAUGAUACCUGUGAAAUUACAUUUAAAAUGCUUAGUGGAAUAUUAUAAAUUUUGAUGUCACCAAAGAUUGGCCCCUACAAAUAAAAUAAUUUCUUAGUAUUCUAUUAUCUUAUUGUUAGUUUUUCCUUGAUUUUAGAAUAAAUUAUCCUUAUUCUCCUCCUAAAAUUAAAGUAGAAUCAGAUAUUACACAUCCAAACAUAGAUAAAAGAACUUAAUUAUUUUAUUUAUAACUUCUAGAACCAUAUUAUUGGAGACCAAUAUAUGAGUAUAUUAUGAUAUAUAUAAAAGUUUAACUGACAUCAUUAAAGCUAUGAGAUAGACAUUAGUAUAUAUAGAUUUCACAAAUAUACCAAAUGAAACUAAUUGCCUUUUGAUUGCAGAAAAGAUAUUAUAAUAAAAUUAAACUCAAGAUGAAUUUGAAUUAGAUUUUAUACAUUUUGAAAUUAGUGAAAAUUUUAAGAUCAAUUUUGAAUUGAAUUCAAAUUAAGUUUUUGAUGAGGAUAAUGUCUUAUAAAAAGAUUAAUAAAAAUAUUCAAAUUUUUCUUAAGAACCAAAAACAAUUAAUUUAAUAAAAACAUAAAGACAUGGUUAAAAUCAGAGAAUGGUUUGCAUUAAAUUAAAAAUUUGA